UUUCUGCCCGCUUUGUUGACAAUCGCAAUUGCAAAGUGACAAAGCCAAAGCUUCCAAAUAUACUAGUACAAAUUAAAGGGGAAGGCCGUAGUGAAUUUCAUAACUAGUGCACCACACAUUUGUUUAGUCGACUGGCGAGGUUUGUUCAGAACGGACGCGAUAUGGAACCGGAAAACUAUAGUGCGGCAUAUUUCGAGAGAGCUUUGGCGAAAACUUAUAGUUGCGAAAAGCUACGCGUGGAAAACUUUCACAUCGAAGUGGUAAGCCAAACAGGCGAGAACUUUUGCAGCGUCAUCUACCGGAUUGCUUUGGACUUUCGCCGGUCCCCCGAUGGGGCUCUUGAAUCGGGAAAAUAUAUUCUCAAGGAUCUGCUGCCCAUCGCUGCUGAAGUAGGCUCAAAUGAAAAGGAUAUGUUCGAGCAACUACUGCCAGCAUUGUCAGCUAUUCUCGACAAAGCUCCAACGGAAUUUGGCGAGCACAAAUUAAGUGCAGAUUGCCUGCUGGCUGAGGCAUCAGCUGGGAAGGAGAUCUACAUCUUGGAGGAUCUGGGUGCUCUCGGUUACGGAUCUUUUGAUCGAUUCCAGGGCCUUAACUUGGAAGAUGCAAAAAUCUGCCUGAGAAAGAUGGCUCAGUUCCACGGCGCUUCCAUGAUAUUGUUUCAGAAUCAACCCGAGUUGAUAGCAAAGCUUUCCCCUUCGCAUUAUGGCAAUGGACUAUCGGAUCCCUUCGCCAAGGUCAUCGUCCUAGAUGGCACUGAAUUCGCGGCAGAAGUGUUUGCCGACGAACUACCAGAAAUAUCUAAGAAAAUGAAGGCUCAAAUACCAGACGCAUAUUCCAAAAGAAUUGCCAAAGUGGUCGAUCCAAAAAAGUCGUCCUUUAAUGCGGUUGUCCAUGGUGAUCUCUGGGUAAAUAAUAUGAUGUUUGAUAAAGCUAAUAAGAAGGCAAUACUCGUGGAUUUCCAGAAUUGUUUUUGGGGCAGCCCGGCCAUAGACCUUCAAUUCUUUUUUUACACCAGCAUCAGACAAGAAGUAUUACUGAAUCAGCAGGAUGAGCUUCUGACCCAGUAUUAUCACAGCCUUCAGGAGACUUUAAUACAUUGUGGGUUUAGAGAACCUCUGCCCACUUUUGAUCAAUUGAAGAAUGAGAUGCAACGUUGUUUGUUUUAUGCAUACUAUGCCGUUUCCUGUGAGCUUCCUAUUUGCUGUGCUUCACCUGAGACAAGUGCCGAUUUCAGUGUACACACUUUUGGGGAUCCAGAAGCUAUGGUAAAAAAACGUCACCAAUUAUUUGCCAGCGAGCGAGUGCGCCAAACAGUAAAGGCAUGUCUUCCGCAGUUUGAUCAACAGGGUAUUUUGGAUACCCCUUGAUUUCGGCACAAAUCAGUUGUUUUGCUUGGUUUUUACAGUUUAUUUUUAAUUUUAAGUGUG